AUGGUGGAGGCACAGUACAUCACGAGAAGAAGGGAAAAAACUCACUUAGCCAGCAUGACUGUGGAGAGAUCGUCGGCAGUUCCAUUCCUCAAGUUGACGGCACACGCACUUCCCUCAUCGUACGCCAUCGUUCGCUAUUGCGAACCCAAUUCGGUUUUCGCUGGCAAAUCUGCCUGGGAGGAGGCUCAGGUAGACGCAAUCGCCGACCAACACAAGGACUUCCUCAACGAAGUCCGUCCAUACUUCAUGGUCCUCAUGGGAAUGAGUAAAGGCGACGCGGACGCUAUGGUGAAAGACGUGUUCGAGCCAGCACGUCAGAAGUACUUCACCAUUAUUACAAAGAUUCUCAAGGAAAACAAAACUGGAUAUCUUGUCGGAAAUUCGCUGACGUUUGCUGAUCUCUACGUGGCCGAGAUGACCACUUUCUUGGAGAAGCACCCACAGCUCUACGACGGCUUCCCAGAGAUGAAAGCUCACGCUGAAAAGGUCCGCUCGACCCCGAAACUGAAGAAAUGGAUUGAGACUCGCCCAGACUCGAAAUUCUAA